AGACUUGACUCAGAGACAGUCAGAGCACUGAGCGACACGAGACACUAUGAAGGUGUGAGGCGUUUUGUUUCCUCUGAUACUUUAAAAUAUUACUUUAUCCUAAAAAAAAAUACUAAUUACUUCAUCGACUUGAGAGCACAAUGGCACGAGGAGAGGGCGCAGAGCAGUACACGGCGGGUUUACUAUCAGUCAAGCCUAUAAAUACAGAAGUCAAGACAGCAAAGCCAAAGGAGCAGAGGAAAGGUCUGUCUGUGUGGAACAAACUGAGCUAUGCCAUCGGUGGGGCUCCAUACCAGAUCACAGGCAGCGCUCUGGGCUUCUUCCUCCAGAUCUACCUGCUGGAUGUGGCUCAGCUGGAUCCCUUCCAUGCCUCUAUCAUUCUGUUUGUGGGCCGUGCCUGGGACGCGGUCACAGACCCCACGGUGGGUUUCCUUGUGAGCCGGAGUAGAUGGACCAGCAUCGGCCGCAUGAUGCCGUGGAUCCUUUUCUCUACUCCGUUUGCAGUGCUGACUUACUUCCUAAUCUGGUACGUGCCUCCUUUCGAGCAAGGGAAGGUCGUCUGGUAUCUGAUCUUUUACUGCCUCUUCCAGUCAAUGCAGACGUGCUUCCAUGUGCCAUACUCAGCUCUCACCAUGUUCAUCAGCAGCAACCAGAAGGAGAGGGACUCUGCCACUGCUUACCGUAUGAUGGUAGAGGUGCUGGGCACAGUUCUGGGCACCGCAAUCCCGGGACAGAUAGUAGGUGGUGCGGCGGAUUGUCCCACUGAGCCUGAUGAGCCUAACAGCAGAAACGGAACUGUAAUGAACGCGACCGGAGUUUCACUGGAAGAGACGAAACAAGCUUACUUGGUUGCUUCAGGGGUCAUCUGCAUCAUCUACAUCGCCUGUGCUGCCAUAUUGUUUUUGGGUGUGAAGGAGCAAAAAGAGUGCGGGAAGAAAAAUUCUCCGCUCACCUUCCGUCAGGGCCUGUGGCUGGUGAUGAGUCACGGACCGUACGUCAAACUGGUCACUGCCUUCCUCUUCACCUCUCUGGCAUUCAUGCUAAUGGAGGGAAACUUUGCCCUCUUCAUUACCUACGCUCUUGGCCAUAGAAAAGACUUCCAGAAUAUUCUCCUGCUCAUCAUGCUAUCGGGGACUCUAACCAUCCCGUGGUGGCAGUGGUUUCUGACCCGGUUUGGGAAGAAGACGGCCUCUUACUUUGGCAUAGCUUGGGCAGUACCCUUCAUGAUCCUAAGCGUCACCAUUGGAAAAAACCUGAUUCUUUCUUACUUGGUCGCAGUGGCGGCAGGUGUGAGCGUGGCGGCAGCUUUCCUUCUGCCUUGGUCGAUGCUUCCUGAUGUAGUGGAUGACUUCAAGGUGAAAAACCCAGACGUCCACGGUCAUGAAGCCAUCUUCUACUCCUUCUAUGUGUUCUUCAUCAAGUUUGCCUCUGGAGUAUCCCUGGGUAUCUCAACACUCAGUUUGAAAUUUGCUGGUUAUGUGACUGGGGCCUGCUCACAACCCGAGGCGGUCAGUUUUACCCUGAAGGUUCUGGUUGCACCUGUGCCUGUGGGUCUGAUAGCUGUGGGACUUUUGAUAUUGAAGACCUACCCCAUUGAUGAAGAAAGGAGGGAGAGCAACCAAAAACUACUGCAGAAAUUCCUAGACUCUGAAACAGACUCUGAGUCAGAAACGUCAGCGCUUGGAAGCAGUGUGUAGUGGCAGAGGACGAGCCAACCACCACAGCUGCUUUAACAUGUUUGCACAGGCUGUCGAGGGACACAACCACCAACUAUCUGGACUAACAGAGGGAGACCACAGACCACUGCUGCCCAAACACUAUCAGCAUUAACCAGCUCCCUCUGAUGGAUCACGCAGGUUUACGUCGCCCUCUAGUGGUCGGCCAAUGGCAUCGUGUGGGAUUGAAGUAUUUUUUUUCUGAUGUCCUUCAUCUCCAGCUGUGUCCCAAUUAAACUCCAUCUGCUGAAACUAAAAGGCAGACACAAUUUACAGAUUUCCACGAUGCAUUGUUUUGUCAGACAGCGUAGAAACAAAAUCCUGGGUUAGUGUCUGUUCUUCGUCCUUUCACUUCACUUUCACUCACAAAUAUAUUUUUUCCUUUUAGAGGUUUUCUGUCAAUAUUUAGCUGAAAGUACAGUCAAAUCUGAUCACCUUAUCAUUUAAGGAGGAUAAAACACUUUUUCGUCAGCAUUUAACCAACUACAGCUACUUAGGUUUUUUGAUUCGUGGGCAUUGUGGUCAUUUUAAGUUGGUGGAGUUUUACUCACCAAAGAGAACUCAAACUUGUUUUUCCAAAGAGUUAUGACUUUGUUUACUGAGAUGUUCCUGUAGCUGCAGUGUGAUUGCAUUGUGGGACAACAACUCUCAUCACCUCCAGUGGCAAUACACUACAUACCGAAAUACCAGGUUGAAUUUGGGACACAGUUUGUGAUUUGCGGUAUUUUUAUGAAGUAUUUAUUUGCUGGUCAGACAAGAUCAGACUGGAGUGUGAGAUUACCUGUGAUGUUUACUGUUUCUUAGGUCACUUGUGUUUGACUUUCAGACAGUGCUCUGAAGGAACUAUACAGUAUCAGCCCUUAUUAAUAAAGGGCAUACCAGCACUAUUCCACUAAUUGAAACUGUAUGAAGCUAUGAUACAAUUUCUACUUUUCAUUUGGUGUUGUUUCCUAGAGGUCAUUUCAGAAAGGCAAAAACUUUAAGUGUACUUCUUCUGAAAGGGGAAAAGGCACCUUGUGGUAUGAUGUACUGUAUGACUGAAUCACUGCCUUACACACACAUCUUGAGUAAUUAGUUGCAAUGAGAUUGUCUGUUGAACUCAGAUUAUAUUUCUUUUUGCUACGAAGAAUGAUUUCCAUCUCAUCUUUUUGUCCUUUAACAUUUCAGCCAAUCUUCGUCAGGAUUGUUAGAUUUCUGAAUGUGCUUUCACUGCGGAGACAACUCCAGUAUGAAGUAAUUUCAUCUAGCAUGCUCUCACUUCCCAAAAGGAAGAAAAAAUGCUUUAAUUAAAUAUUUAUUUAAAUUAUCUAAGGGAUUUACAUUCUUGUGAAAGCACAUUGACAGUGAGUGGUGUUUGAUGGAUGAGUGAUUUUCAAGUCCUAUGGAAAACAUUUGAGAACAUCAAAAUGGUGGUUUUAUUUUUUAUUUUUCCAAGAAAGAAAAUAUCACGUUGCUAUGUUGUGAUAAACAAGCUGCCUUUACAGUGUUGUGACUCUUAAAACAACUGCCCAAACCCAGUUUUUGUGUUGUAAAGGUGUGAAGGAGACAUCUGUCCUCACUUUAGAUGGCUUGAUUUAACUACACAUGAUAUCCUUAUUUGUUAUAAAUUAAAUAAGUUAUUAGGAUUUCUGAGAAAUUUCUUUGAAACUUUAUAUAUUCCUGCAUAGUUUUCAUUUGAAAUUUCUCUAAAUGAACUGUAUGAUGCAGAUUACAUUUCACCCUAGGUCUCCAUGGUGUUGAAAUGCUGCUUUAUGUAUAAUAUGUAAAUACUUUUUUUUUCUAAGUUUGACCUUGAUGAGCAAUAUAUAAAGCAGCGAGGGGGCAAAUUAAUGUGCUGUAAAUUUGUAAUUAAGUCUGUGAAUAAAGUUGGUUG